UCUCGAUUAUUCCUCUGAUGACAGACGACAACACUGUAUGACUUACACAUAGUUUACUACACAGUUUUGAUAAAAAAAAAAGAGAAAGAAAUUGUGCUUUAUUGGUAAAUUGUUACAAUGACAAAAUUCAAGGAGUGUUUUUUAUUAUUUUUCCUAAUUUUUAUAAACUUUACUUUUGCUGAUGUGUUUUUUAACGUGGUGAAUCGUGAGGAUCCUUGUCUUAACCUCUGCGAAAAAAUACCUAUUACAAUUUCAAAGGAUACUACGAAGUACAUGAAAUCGUGUUGUCAAAGGGGUUGUAGAUUUUUUAAUUUAGUCGAUCUCAGUCAAGGAUUUAUAAGUGAUGGUUUCAAUGGAACGGCAAUUGUGGCUUGUGAAGCAUCAUGUUCAGAAGCUUACACAGUAAUCCAGGAUCGUAAUGCAUGUAAAGCAGGAUGUAAUUACAUGGCAAAACAACGGAUCUCUGAUUUAUUGUCCCUUUUUUCUGUGGCUAUUUAUGUUGAAGAAAAUGUUGGCGUCGAUUCCAAUGCUUUAAUAAUGCCUCCUGAAAUACCGGAAAGUGAUAUUUUAACUGAUCCCAGCUUAAGAAAAGAACUACUUCCUGGCUGGUGGGAUUCUGAUGGAUUUAAAUUGCCUCAAACUUUUGUCAAAACAGUUCCAAUGGAUUCUGGGACUGUAGAUUAUGGAAUUCCAUCUGAUUAUUCUGGUGAAAAUGAACAAUCUGUAUCAUUACCUGGUUCCGAUUGGUUACAAUGUGCAUCACGUCACACUGGAAUUCCACGUUGGUUAUUGGGUUCUGCAAUUGUUGGAGCUGCACUUUCAAUUCUUUGGCUUUGUUUAUUUCCCAAGGAACAAAGUGAAUUUGACAUUGGCAUCAAAGAGACUGACACUGAAAAGCAAAAUCUUCCAAGUAAAAUGAUGGUCUAUAUUCCAGAUGAGGCACCAUUAUACCAAAGUCCACCACCUAAGUACAGUGAUUUAAAGGUUUAAAAAAUAGAAAUGAGGUAUUUUAAUUUCUUUAUAAUUAUUUUAAAAUAAAUUUUUUUUUUAUGUAAGUCUGGAAAUCAAAAACAAAUUUCAACAAAAAAUAUUUCAGUAUAUAUAUUUAAGAUAAUUUAGUCACUUAAAAGAAUAUUAUUAAUUAAGAUUAAGACAUACCCAAAAUUAUAACAGCGUCAAAAUACAAUUUUUUUAUUCUUAUAACUCAAGUUCAUAAUUAAGAAAAUUUUUCUUUGAAAUUUAAUAAUUGCUUAUGCUAAUUUAUUAAUUUCAGAUUGAAUAAAAUCAAAUUAUCUCUUUUUUCUUGCUUAACAUCAACAUUAAAUUCUUGCUUUCUCAUAGAGGAAGUAAUAUAAAAAAUUAUCGAAUUUUCAAUGUUUUUUUGAUCUCAUUGAAAACAAAGUUGAACACCUACAAGUGUUUUUCUUUAAUUUUUUUUUUGUAAUUCUGUCAUAUUAUAGAGAAUUAAUAUAAAACUUUUUCCACCCCCAAAUAAAAAAACCUCUAUGAGGAAGUAAAAUAUAUAUAAAAAAAAAUUUUUACUUCAACUUGGCAGUGCUUUUUGCAAUUUUUACUAAAUACUUAUUGUGUAUUUUGAUGCACUGAUAUACAGUGAAAAUAAUAGUGACAAUUAUUGACGUAUAUUUUAUUUUUUAUGAUAAAAUCCAUAAAAAAAACAUGUCAUAACCAAAAAAAAAAAAAUAAUAAUUGUUUUGAUAUAAACUUCUUAUAGGUAUAUAUAAUAUUUCAACAUUUUUAAUCAAAAAUGUUAUAUUUUUUUCUAAAAAUAUGAGAGUAAUUUAUAUUUGCUAAUUAAUGAUAAAUUCUGGCUAUCGUAUUUACUAUAUAUAAAUUAUUAUCCUAUAUAAGAAAUACUUCAGGAUUGAGUUACAAAUUUUUUUUUGAGAAAAAAAGAACAUAUAAUGUUUUUAAACUCAAAAAAAAAAAAAAAAUAUACUAUACAUUUUUUCUAAAUAUAUGUACGUAUUUAUAAGAAUUUGAAAGAAUAUUAAUUAAUUAAUGAAUAUUAAUUUAUAUUAAAUAUUAUUAGGAGCUUGUAUAAGGAAUUUUUGAAAAAACAGGGAGAUAUGUACGUGUAUUAAUUUAUAUACUCGUAUAUAAAUCAUAUAUGUUAUAUCUAAUCUAUUUGAAAUGUUUCGCUUUUUUACAAUACAAUAUUCGAUAUAACUCCAAUAAUUAAAAAUUAUAUUAUUUAUUUCUCAAAUGAAGUGAUCAUGUCAUUAUAGUACAACGAACGCAAAAUUUUUCUGUUAAAAUCAACAAAAAAAAAAAAUAAUAAUAAUUAAUAACUUGUGCUCAAGAAAUUACAACUUGAAUGAUAUUUAAAAAAUGUUGUUCAAAGAAAAAAAAAUUGUGAAUAUCUUGGCAAAAUUUAAAAAAGUUUACUUCACUUGAGUUUUUGUCUUUUGUUUUGAGAAAACAUAAGAUAAAGAAAAAUAUUCUUUUUUCUUAUUUAAAAAAUAUUGAUGAAUGCAAUUUUACCAUUUGCGUGUUUAUCGUUGAGUGGUAGAAGUUAUGAGACUGUUAAAAAAGUCAUUUUUAUUUUAAAUCUAUCAAAUUUGCUGUCGAGUAAAAAAAUAGAUAUUUAGCUAUAUUCAAAAUGUGAACCAAAAAUUAUUUUUCACAUUCGGAAAUAUAUCUAAAACAAAUAAAGUAUGUAUUUGUCUUUACUAUUAGGUGUGUUUUUCAAAGUCGUUUCUUGUGAUAUUUAGAUAUUAGAUAAUGUUAGACUCACAGUGCGUGUGUAUAUUAUAAGUUUUACGACUUCAAAAAACAUUAAAAAAAAGAAAAAAAAAAACCAAAGCGUCUGAUUCCUUAUCUUAUAGAAUUUGCUGAGAGCAUAUUUCUCUUGGUAUUGUAAACACGAUGAAAAAAAUAAUAGAAAUGUUAUUAAAUAA